UCUGAAAAUAUUUAAGUUCAAUGAUGAUGCAGAAGAUAUGGAUGGAUUUGACCCAUCUGGGGUAAUACUCUUGCAGAGAGAACGUUCUCUACUCCAGCAAGGCCACAAAGUUGGUGAACUUCUUUUCCCUCUCGCAAGAAAUUUCAGCAUAACUAUGGAUGUUGAGUCAUCCAGCAAGGCCACGGCUCAGGAUGAGAGUGACACUAGCAACAUUCUGGGAGUAGAAAGUGAAGACUAUGACAGGAGUAGAAAAUUUGGCAACAGAAAAUAUGCAGCUUUGAGGACAAACCUCAACGAGGAAGUGUCUAGAAAAGACUUGACCCAAGAAGGAGUUUCUUCCUCCUUUACAAGUGAUGGUAAUCAUUCUCAGAGCACAAGUUCAGCACCAUCAUCAUCAUCAUCAUCGGUGUUAGCCUCAAGAUGGGAAUCAAUGAUGCAUGGAUUUAAAAGUUUGAGAUCUAACAUUGAUUCCAAGAGAUUUAUCCCUAUAUCUAAUGCUCCCGAGUCAAUUCUAAACUCGAAACCAUCAUCUGAUUCCCUCGACGAGAUAUUUGAGAGAUUGAAACAUCCCCCUCCUGAAUACAGGGAUUCUCAUGACUGAAAUGAUCAUGCUGGACUUCAGGGAAUUGCCAUUUGCAAGAUAAAAUGUGUAUUAGCAAAUUUUCUCCUCUGAUAGAAAUGUGCCCAGAUGUUACAUUAUGUUGAACUUCAAGUUUCAAGAAAUGUGGACAUAGUUUGAA